CCUGUCUCCUCCCACCAGCCUAGCUUCCUCCCCUUCUCUCAAAUCAUUAGUUCACUACCUCCUUCUCCUUCUCCUCCUUCUUCUUCCCUCUCGAGAGUUUUAAUAUAGUGAAAUCCAUCCCCCGACUUAACGAAACCCCUUACCAUGGCGAACAACGACGGAGCAGUGGCUAACGGCGUCAUAAUCGAGCAGACGACGUCAAACAAAGGACCACUUAACGCCGUCAAGAAACCCCCUUCUAAAGACCGACACAGCAAAGUCGACGGUAGAGGGAGAAGGAUUCGUAUGCCAAUCAUUUGCGCUGCUCGAGUUUUCCAGUUGACAAGAGAGUUAGGUCACAAAUCCGACGGUCAAACCAUUGAGUGGCUCCUCCGUCAAGCUGAGCCUUCUAUCAUAGCCGCAACUGGGACUGGUACUACACCGGCUAGUUUCUCAACCGCUUCUCUCUCCACUUCCUCUCCGUUCACACUUGGAAAACGCGUUGUUAGAGCUGAGGAGGGAGAGUCCAACGGCGGUGGCGGCGGUGGAGUAGGAGGAGGGUUAACAGUGGGACACACUAUGGGGACUUCGUUGAUGAGUGGUGGUGGUGGUGGUGGUUCUGCUGGGUUUUGGGCUGUUCCGGCGAGGCCGGAUUUUGGACAAGUUUGGAGCUUUGCUGCCGGAGCUCCACCGGAGAUGGUUUUUGCUCAGCAGCAGCAACCAGCUACACUCUUUGUCCGUCACCAGCAACAGCAACAGCAACAACAUCAACAACAUCAGCAAGCUUCAGCCGCCGCAGCAGCUGCAAUGGGUGAGGCUUCAGCAGCUAGAGUUGGGAAUUAUCUACCGGGUCAUCAUCUCAAUUUGCUUGCUUCUUUGUCGGGUGGAGCUAACGGGUCGGGUCGGAGGGAAAACGACCACGACCCACGUUGAAUAAAUGAAGGGUCUUUGUCAUUUUGGUAUGUAUAGAGAAAGGAAGUCCUAUGUUUUAAUGUCAUCGAAAGUGUUUUAGGAGAGUGAGUUAUUUGUCUCUUAAAAUCUAGUUAAUUUUUAAGCUUAUUGCGUGUUUUGAUUAGGGUUUUAGGGGUUUAAGAGUAUCCGGGGGUCUCAAAAUUUGUUUUCAGGGAGUGAAAGAAACAGAGAAUGAUUGAUUGAUUGAUUGAUUGUUGUA